AUGUAUACGCUGUCAGCUGGUUUAUGGGAAAAGUUUUUCAAGAAACGGGAUUACUAUGUGGUUAUUGUUGGUCUAGAUAACGUGGGGAAGACGACAUUCCUCGAGCAAACCAAGUCUCAUUUCGUGAAGGGUUAUGGUGCCCUCAAUCCUGCACGAAUCACGAGUACAGUGGGCUUGAACAUUGGUAAAGUCGAAAUAAAUAACACUUGUCUGAAUUUCUGGGAUCUCGGCGGGCAGGAAGAUCUGCGGACGCUGUGGGUUAAUUACUACGAUGAAGCUAAUGCGCUGAUUUUUGUAAUUGACGCUACAAGAAGGGAUCUUUUUGACGAAGUUGCUGCUGUGUUCAAGGAAGUAAUGUCGAAUGAAUACGUGCGCAUGAUACCUGUACUGGUUGCAGUAAACAAAAGCGAGAUCGAAGGUGCCGCACCGGCUGCCGAG